GACUUUUGUUAGAAAUUCCAAGAGCGGUGGUGGGUCAUUCUCAUUCAUGAUGAUUCAACCACAAGAACAAUCCAAUGGAGUAGUAGGCCAGGAUGGUGAGACCGUGACCUUGCCUCCGUAAUGCCCCAUCCAACACACAAAACAAUCCAAUUUCCCAUUUCUCAGUGUCUCUAUCUCCCUCUCUCUCUCUCUCCCACACACACACACACACACACACACAGAAGUCUGACUUUUCAGAGCCCAUAAAAACCAGGCACAUCUCACAGAGCCCUGCUGAGACCAUGAAAACUCUUUUCGUCCUGCUGAUUUUCUCGCCCAUUUUCCUGGGAAUCUGCAAUGGGGUUUCUGUUUCAGGGCUCAAUUCACUGGAGACCGGCGAAUUGGAUGUAAUGAUGAGGAAGGUUUGUGCUGGAAAGAUUGGGGAAUGUGGGGUUGAGGCUGAGGAGUUGCAGGUGGAUUCAGAGAGCAAUAGGAGGGUUCUGGUGAUGCAGAAGAAGUAUAUAAGCUAUGAGACUCUGAAGAGGGAUUUGGUUCCAUGUUCAAGGCCAGGGGCUUCGUACUACAACUGCAAGCCUCCUGGUCAAGCAAAUCCAUAUAACAGGGGCUGUGAUGCCAUUACACACUGUGCCAGAAGCAUUAGUGAUAUCAGAUCUUAGUGGGAAUGGUAACAAGAUUGCCUUGUUUUUUGGCUUUUACGAUGCUUUCUUGGGGCUUCCUAGAUGUGUUUGUAUAUUCAAGGGUAAUGGGUCAAUUGCUAGAUGCGAAAAUGUAUCCAAUCUUGAUUUUUGGGGAUGAUCAAGGGUUUUUAUUCAAGCACCUGAAUCAUUUGAUGUGUUGCUUAA